AUGGGGAAUCAGACACAGAUACACCCGCUGGUGCAGCAGGUGUUGGCUCCGUAUCUGCAGCCACGAACAUAUGGCCUGACCAUGAACGGGAAAGGCACCUCCCCAAUCAUGGACACCCUGAUGGCCCAUGGGAUGACCUCCCUGCAGACAUCCGUCAUGGCCAUUACAGCCGGGAAGAGGAAGUUCAUCGAGGACAGGCGAGACCAGCCCUUUGGCAAGCUGCUGCACUUCCGUGUGCGGCAGAUGGAGAGCGCCUCCAGGUACUGGGACAUCACGGUCCGGAAGCAGGACGGCUUCACCCACAUAUUUCUGUCCACCAAGUCUUCCGAGAGCAACUCGCUGAACCUGGAGGUCAUGAAGGAGCUGCAGAGCACGCUGAGCAUGGCUGGGGCUGAUGGAAGCAAGCUGGUGCUUCUCAGCGCCGUGGGCAGUGUCUUCUGCUGCAGUCUGGACUUCAUCUAUUUCAUACAGUGCCUGACAGACAGCCACAAGAGGGAGAGUGCCAGGAUGGCUGAGGCCAUCAGAAGCUUCAUGAAUACCUUCAUACAGUUCAGAAGCCUAUUAUCAUAG